AUGAGAAUCAAUCCUACCCCUUCUAGUCCUGCGGUUUCCACACUUGAAGAACAAAACCUAGGGCGUAUCGCUCAAAUUAUUGGCCCAGUACUGGAUGUUGUUUUUCCUCCGGGCAAGAUGCCUAAUAUUUAUAACGCUUUGGUAGUUAAGGGUCGAGAUACUAUUGGUCAGCAAAUUAAUGUGACUUGUGAGGUACAACAAUUAUUAGGAAAUAAUCGAGUUAGAGCUGUAGCUAUGAGUGCUACAGAUGGACUGAUGAGAGGAAUGGAAGUGAUUGACACGGGAGCUCCUCUAAGCGUUCCAGUCGGUGGAGCUACCCUCGGACGAAUUUUCAACGUUCUUGGGGAGCCUGUUGAUAAUUUAGGUCCUGUAGAUACUAGCACAACAUCUCCUAUUCAUAGACCUGCACCUGCCUUUAUACAGUUAGAGACGAAAUUAUCAAUCUUUGAAACAGGAAUUAAAGUAGUGGAUCUUUUAGCUCCUUAUCGCCGUGGAGGAAAAAUCGGACUAUUUGGAGGAGCUGGAGUAGGUAAAACAGUACUCAUCAUGGAAUUGAUCAACAACAUUGCCAAAGCUCAUGGAGGCGUAUCUGUAUUUGGCGGAGUAGGCGAACGUACUCGUGAAGGAAAUGAUCUUUACAUGGAAAUGAAAGAAUCCGGAGUAAUUAAUGAAAAAAAUAUUGCAGAAUCAAAAGUAGCUCUAGUCUACGGUCAAAUGAAUGAACCGCCGGGAGCUCGUAUGAGAGUUGGUUUGACUGCCCUAACUAUGGCGGAAUAUUUCCGGGAUGUUAAUGAACAAGACGUACUUCUAUUCAUCGACAAUAUCUUUCGUUUCGUCCAAGCAGGAUCAGAAGUAUCCGCCUUAUUGGGGAGAAUGCCUUCUGCAGUGGGUUAUCAACCUACCCUUAGUACAGAAAUGGGUUCUUUGCAAGAAAGAAUUACUUCUACCAAAGAGGGAUCUAUAACUUCGAUCCAAGCCGUUUAUGUACCUGCGGACGAUUUGACCGACCCUGCUCCUGCCACGACAUUUGCACAUUUAGAUGCUACUACCGUAUUAUCGAGAGGAUUAGCUGCCAAAGGUAUUUAUCCAGCAGUGGAUCCUUUAGAUUCAACGUCAACUAUGUUACAACCUCGGAUCGUUGGCGAGGAACAUUAUGAAACUGCGCAAAGAGUUAAGCAAACUUCACAACGUUACAAAGAACUUCAGGACAUUAUAGCUAUUCUUGGGUUGGACGAAUUAUCCGAAGAAGAUCGUUUAACUGUAGCAAGAGCACGAAAAAUCGAGCGUUUCUUAUCACAACCCUUCUUCGUGGCAGAAGUAUUUACUGGUUCUCCAGGAAAAUAUGUUGGUCUUGCAGAAACAAUUAGGGGGUUUCAACUGAUCCUUUCCGGAGAAUUAGACAGUCUUCCCGAGCAGGCCUUUUAUUUAGUAGGUAACAUCGAUGAAGCUACCGCGAAAGCUAUGAACUUAGAAGAGGAGAGCAAAUUGAAGAAAUGACCUUAAAUCUUUGUGUACUGACUCCUAAUCGAAUUAUUUGGGACUCAGAAGUGAAAGAAAUAAUUUUAUCUACUAAUAGUGGCCAAAUUGGCGUAUUACCAAACCACGCCCCUAUUGCCACGGCUGUAGAUAUAGGUCUUUUGAGAAUACGCCUCAACAACGACCAAUGGUUAACGGUGGCUCUGAUGGGUGGUUUCGCUAGAAUAGGUAAUAAUGAAAUCACCAUUUUAGGAAAUGAUGCGGAAAUAAGUACUGACAUUGAUCCGCAAGAAGCUCAACAAGCUCUUGAAAUAGCUGAAGCUAACUUGAGUAGAGCUGAGGGUAAGAGACAAGCAAUUGAAGCGAAUCUAGCUCUCAGACGAGCUAGGACACGAGUAGAGGCUGUCAAUGUUAUUUCCUACUAGUCAAGUCAAUACAUCAAAAUAAUAAAGAGAAGUUUUUAAAAAGUUCUUUAUUAUACACCACAUGUUGAUUCUGCCAAUUGAACACAAUCAAGUCUAAUCUGAUAAAACAAAAAAAGAAGAUGGGGUAGAAAAACUUAUUAGAUAUCAUUUCAUCGACUCCGGUAUCUAAUAAGUUCUACCUACUAUUGGAUUUGAACCAAUGACUCCCGCCGUAUGAAAGCAAUACUCUAACCACUGAGUUAAGUAGGUCAUUUAUCACCACAAAAAGAACCCAUCACUUCGGGGAUUAUAGGUGGAAUAUUAUUUCUAAGCAAUACUAAUCUGUUCUGUUAAGCGUAAAUAAAUCUGUUCUGUUAAGCGUAAAUAAAAUAAAUAGAUCAGAGAGCUAUGAUGUGGAUUAUGGAAUAUCCAUCUUGACAAGAAAUUAUCUAUAUGUUAAGAUGUCUAUGACAAGGGCUAUAGCUCAGUUGGUAGAGCACCUCGUUUACACGCGCGCCAAUGCUUUUCAAAGGAGCCUAUUAUGCAAUGAACAUAAUUGAUCGUAUUGAGAAAUCGAUGUCUUACUCCAUAGGUUCGAGGGAACAAGAGAACAAUAGCCUGACAAAUAUUUGGUUCGGUCCGAUUCAGGCGCGAAUUCAGUUGCCAAAUCAAAUAGAACCCGCCAUUGAUUUGAUAGUUGAUAAGGUAAAUACCCAGCCCAUUCAAUGCUAGGCAUAAUGAGUAUAAGGGCCUCAAAAUAACCUCUUUUCGUCCUAUGAACUUUAAGGUGUAUGAAGUCUCAUAUUCGACUGUUGCAGCGGAGCGAUAGAGAUUCCAUUUAACUUAGGUUGAUCUAGGCCGAAGGCAGACCUAAGUCAAGAUAACCCUUCUUUGAAACACUUUGGUAUUGCUCCUAGAUCAGAAUACAAAUAAUAAAUCAGAGCACAUGGAACCAUCUCAUUAUCUUCCUCUAAAGAAAAAAUAUGGUGGACUAACUGAUCUUUACAUCAGUUGAUGAAAGAGCCCAAUGCAACAAAAUGCAUGUUGGGUCUUUGAAACAGUUCGAAUCAUUUCGAUAAUAAUCAGUUUGAUCUGUUUUACCGAGAAGGUCUACGGUUCGAGUCCGUAUAGCCCUA